UCUCCACCGACCUCUCUUAAAAUCAUGGAUUUAAGGGCGACAGUAUGUGUGUUUUGUGCCCGUCGUCAGUGGACAGGUCCCGGCUGUGCAGCGUGCGUGCUGUCCCGCUGCUCUGCGAUAUUGUGACGCGAGGAAGAAGAGCUUGUUUAGCAACUAAGGGACAGUAUCGAGAAGUUAGCAAGCCAAACCUGGACUGACCAGCUUCUGUAUGCAAAUUGGGUAUUUAAUUGCCUCUGCUCGCCCCGCCUGCCUCUACAUGUGCCGACUGUGACUGGAUAUCUGUCCUGGCUGUGUCGUAACAUCAACAUUACUGACAGACAACAGUAUUUACUCCUCUGAAGCGAGGAAGUGGAGCUACGUCAAGCUAGCUGAAGCGAGACAAGAUAAAACGGAAGAUUGGGUGAUGUCCUUUCACAGUAAAGACGCCAAAUAUACAAGUCUUAAUUUUAAAUAACCAAGUGUUAGGUCGCAUUAUUAGUAACUCUUGGAAAAAAAACCACACCUGACUUAGUACUAGCAACAACAUUCUCAGUCAUUAGCAUUACGGUGGUACGCUGCAUUAGCUACGCGGCUCUGUUGGUUUUAUUUUGGAAUGUGAACGGAAAUAGGGCUAUGCUGUGCUGAAUUUGACAGUGGUAGGAAGUGGGAUGUGGCCAGGAUGUAUUUAUGCUGCUGUUCAAGAUAUGAAAAUCAUUGAAUUAGCGCUACUUCUGGAGCCCUGCUUCACCGCCGGACACAGCGGGGGAUACGAGAGUGUGGCUGUCCGUCAGUGUGCUGGUUGUCUGGAGUGGAAAACAGCGAACACUAGCGAGGCUGCUGUAUUGCUUUCUGGGUUGGACCAUUUCCAUGAAGGCUUCUCAACCUCACGCCCAAACACUUUGUUGAAUUUGUGUGCGGGGCUGCAUUCUAUUCUUACGUAAUAACAGUAUGUGAAUCGAUACCUUCACGUCAUUUACUUUUUUAUUUUAUUUUUUUCUUGGACAAAGACUUUGUGCGUUUUCCCCCCUUUUUUUAGUUUAAAAAAAUGUCAACAACUCAGCAUCAAGUGAUGAUGGAGUCCUCACUAGGUCUCGGCAGACUGGAACUGACCCCCAGCUCUGCCGCUGUUGGGGUCAGCUUGACCCCGAGGCUCUCCGGCGGACACCCCGCUAAAGAGAAGAGUGGCCAGCGGCCUCAGGUACCACAGAUCCAGGCUCACCUGAACGGCUGCGUCCCGCUGUCACAUCAGGUGGCCGGUCACAAGUAUGGAGUGGAUAAAGUGGGUAUUUUGCAGCAUCCAGAUGGAACAGUCCUGAAGCAGCUUCAGCCUCCACCCAGAGGUCCACGAGAAAUGCAGUUUUACAGCAUGGUGUAUGCAGAUGACUGCUGUGAUCCAUGUCUUCUCCAGCUCCAGAACCAUCUGCCCAAAUAUUACGGCACCUGGUCGUCUCCUGACAGCCCCAACGACCUGUACCUGAAGCUGGAGGACGUGACUCGGCGCUUCGUCAAGCCGUGCAUCAUGGACGUGAAGCUGGGCCAGCGCAGCUAUGACCCUUUCGCCUCGCAGGAGAAAAGAGAACAGCAGAUAAGGAAAUACCCACUGAUGGAGGAGAUAGGCUUCCUGGUGCUGGGCAUGAGGGUGUAUAAGCUGUGCAGUGACACGUUUGACUCAUAUGACCAGCACUAUGGCAGAGGACUGGUUCAGGACACUAUUAAAGAUGGCCUUGCUAAAUUCUUCAGCAAUGGUGUGUGUCUGAGGAAGGAUGCAGUGUCAGCCAGUAUCAGCAGAGUGCAGCGUAUCCUCCACUGGUUUGAGUCCCAGCACCAGCUGGCCUUCUAUGCCAGCUCCCUCCUCUUUGUCUAUGAGGGCCUGCCCUCCUCUUUGUCCUCAUCCUCCCUUUCUUGCCUUCUCACCACCCCGACAAUCCACCCGCCUGCAGGUGACGGCAGUCGGGGUGGAGAGGAGAAAGGGAGACAGGAAGGGGCGGGCCAGAAAGAGGAAGUGGCUGAGUACAACAACAACAACAUUCAGGUGGCCGUGCCCUGGGACUACAGCCUCGCUACCAUUUACACCAACCACAGGAAAGGUGGCCUCCACAACUGUGCCAAGAGUCAUCUCCAUGGCAACAGUGGAGACGGCGACAACACGGAGACGACGGUAAGCUCAGUGUCUGGAGAUCACGUGUCAGCGCUGUGCGAGGAAGACAACUCUGCAUGGAAACGAACAGGUGAGUCACAGCAACCACCCAACGCAAACGGAAACAAAUCACAACUGGAAGGGAAGGAUGAGGAUAAAGAGAGAGAGGACGGCAGCAGCACGAGGAGGGAAGAGGAGGAGACGAAAGGACGAGGAGGCGACGUGAUGGAUAGAAGCGGAGGAGAGGCGGAGGUGGAGGUCAGAAUGAUCGACUUUGCCCAUGUUUUCCCGAGCGAAAGCCACGAUCGCGGCUACAUCUAUGGCCUCAAACACCUGCUGACGGUGCUGGAGCAGAUCCUCUGUGACUCCGCCUAGACUCACCCACUCUUUACCUCCUGACCUGCUUAAAGUGAACCACUGUCUCCUCCCUGUCUACACUCCUUCCCUGAAAGACAGAAAACCUUAGAGGAAGAGAGGGAAGCAUCAAAGAAGUGAAUAUCAUCAUCAUCAUCAUCUCACCUGAUUGUGA